ACUGCGAGGUGAAGCUUUAACUUCAGACUUGGAGGUGGGCUGUGCAGCAAACUGAAAUGCUGGCCCCCACUUGCUCCUCAGUGGAGGAGUGAUCCUAACGGCACCGGCUCAGCCUGCAGCUGCCGUGGGCUUUGUGUGGACUGGAUUCCGAGCUGGGCAGAGGGGGAGGGUUAUUACUCCAGUUCCCAGGCAGUGGAAUUACAGCUAGAGCAGCAGGAUAUAUGGGAUUGCUUUUUCUCAUCUUCCUGGUUCAGAAUGCCCAAUUAAACACUUCCUAAACAUUAACAUCUGUGAAAUAUAUAACUGGGCAGCAAGUAAAGUUUUUUUCAAAAAGAAGAAAAACAGUAAGAAAAUUUGUCAUAACUGAAUGUGGCAGUAAAAUAGAAGGAGAUGCUCAGGUCCAGUAUAUUUCAAGGAACAGAAAUAUAAAGGAAAUCUAGCAUGCUUCCAUUUUUCCCAUGAAGAAUAUUUGAAUUAAGUUUUCUUUACCUCUUGAAAGAAUACCUGUUCUUGCAUAACCUGUGACUGCACCAGAUAUUCUGAGAAAGCAGCAAGAAGCAAAAGCUGGAAAUAGCUAUUUCACAGCAGGUAAUCAUACCUCAGGAUAUAGCUACUGUACAAAGUUUAUACUUGGAUAAUCCUGGAUGGGAAUAAAGGUGGGGGGUAACUGUUACUGUACAGGCCUUAGCAUCAUGAAUGGCUUUCUUCAUGAGGAUCUGAAGUUACUAUCUCUGACCACAUUGCACAGAAGAGCCAAUAAGAAUUUCAAAGAGAGCAAUUUCCACUAAGGGAAUUAAGCUACACAAAAGGAACCUUCACACAGAAACUCUAUAAGAAAGGAAAAAAAAAUAGGAAACCAUGUGCUCUACACAGUAACAGGAAACUGAAUUGUUUCUGGUCCCUACUUUAAUGAGCUUGCCCACCACGCUGAACCGCAGCUGGAAUGUUCAUUGACAACAGCAAGCCUGAUCUGGAGGUGUGUGCGGCAUAGAAUAAACAGUGAAGAACAUUUCCAAGGACUAAACAAGAGUUUAUAAGUCCCAGCCCCUCACCAGGAAAAUAAUAUAUGUGCAUUGGAUUUUCACUCACGCAAAAUUUACUCACAUCGUUCAAUAAGGGCUCUGAAACUACCUUGUGUAAAGACCUCAGCACUGCUGACCAUGAUCAGCCCAGCCUGGAGCAUCUUCCUCAUUGGGACUAAAAUUGGGCUGUUCCUCCAGGUGGCACCGCUAUCAGUUAUGGCUAAACCCUGUCCAUCUGUGUGCCGCUGCGAUGCCGGUUUCAUUUACUGUAACGAUCGCUUUCUGACAUCCAUUCCAACAGGAAUACCAGAGGAUGCUACAACUCUCUACCUUCAGAACAACCAAAUAAAUAAUGCUGGGAUUCCAUCAGAUUUGAAAAACUUGCUGAAAGUAGAAAGAAUAUACCUAUAUCACAACAGUUUAGAUGAAUUUCCUACCAAUCUACCAAAGUACGUCAAAGAGUUACAUCUGCAAGAAAAUAACAUAAGAACCAUCACUUAUGAUUCACUUUCAAAAAUUCCCUAUCUGGAAGAAUUACAUUUAGACGAUAACUCUGUCUCAGCUGUUAGCAUUGAAGAGGGGGCAUUCAGAGAUAGUAACUAUCUCCGGCUGCUUUUCCUGUCUCGUAAUCACCUUAGCACAAUCCCCUGGGGUUUGCCCAGGACUAUAGAAGAGCUCCGCUUGGAUGAUAAUCGCAUAUCCACCAUCUCAUCACCAUCUCUUCAAGGUCUCACUAGCCUAAAACGCCUGGUUUUGGAUGGAAACCUGCUGAACAACCAUGGAUUAGGUGAUAAAGUUUUCUUCAACCUAGUCAACUUAACAGAACUCUCACUGGUACGGAAUUCCCUGACUGCUGCACCAGUAAACCUUCCAGGCACAAACCUGAGGAAGCUUUAUCUUCAAGAUAACCAUAUCAAUAGGGUGCCCCCAAAUGCUUUUUCUUAUCUGAGGCAGCUGUAUCGACUUGAUAUGUCCAAUAAUAACCUAAGUAAUUUACCUCAGGGUAUCUUUGAUGAUUUGGACAAUAUAACACAGUUGAUUCUUCGGAACAAUCCCUGGUAUUGUGGGUGCAAGAUGAAAUGGGUACGUGACUGGUUACAAUCACUACCUGUGAAGGUCAAUGUGCGUGGGCUCAUGUGCCAAGCCCCAGAAAAGGUUCGAGGGAUGGCUAUCAAGGACCUCAAUGCAGAACUAUUUGAUUGUAAGGACAACCCGGUUGUAAGCACCAUUCAGAUAACCACCGGGACGCCCAAUACAGUGCAUCCUGCUCAAGGACAGUGGCCAGCUCCUGUGACCAAACAACCAGACACGAAGAACCCCAAACUCACUAAGGAUCAACGAACCACAGGGAUUCCAGCAAGAAAAACAAUUACCAUUACUGUGAAAUCUGUCACCUCUGACACAAUUCAUAUCUCUUGGAAACUUGUCCUACCUAUGACGGCUUUAAGACUCAGCUGGCUCAAACUGGACCACAGCCCAGCGUUUGGAUCUAUAACUGAAACAAUUGUAACAGGAGAACGCAGCGAAUACUUGGUCACAGCCCUGGAGCCUGAUUCACCCUAUCGAGUCUGCAUGGUUCCCAUGGAAACCAGUAACCUCUAUCUAUUCGAUGAAACUCCUGUUUGUAUUGAGACUGAAACUGCACCCCUUCGAAUGUACAACCCUACAACCACCCUUAAUCGAGAGCAAGAGAAAGAACCUUACAAAAACCCCAAUUUGCCACUGGCUGCCAUCAUUGGCGGGGCUGUGGCCCUGGUGACCAUUGCCCUGCUCGCUUUGGUGUGCUGGUACGUUCAUAGGAAUGGAUCCCUCUUCUCACGGAACUGUGCGUACAGCAAAGGGAGGAGAAGAAAGGACGACUAUGCGGAAGCUGGCACCAAGAAGGACAACUCCAUCCUGGAAAUCAGGGAGACUUCUUUUCAGAUGUUACCAAUAAGCAAUGAACCCAUCUCAAAGGAAGAAUUUGUAAUACACACCAUAUUUCCUCCUAAUGGAAUGAAUCUGUACAAAAACAAUCACAGUGAAAGCAGUAGUAACCGAAGCUAUAGAGACAGUGGUAUUCCAGACUCAGAUCACUCACACUCAUGAUGCUGGAGGACGUGCAGCAGACCAUGUUUCGGUUUUUUUAAACCUAAGGAAGGUGAUAGUAGGAACCCUGUUCUACUGCAAAACACUGGAAAAAGAGACUGAGAAAAAGCAAUGUACUGUACAUUUGCCAUAUAAUUUAUAUUUAAGAACUUUUUAUUAAAAGUUUCAAAUUUCAGGUUACUGCUGCGAUUGAUGUAGUGGAGAUGCCUGAACACAAUUCUAUAUUUUAGUAUUUUUUAGUAAUUUGUACUGUAUUUUCCUUGCAAAUAUUGAAGUUAUAAACCAUUUACUUUGUGUUCUACUGAGUAAGAUGACUUGUUGACUGUGAAAGUGAAUUUUCUUGCUGUGUUGAACAAUCAGGACUGCAUUCACAUGAGAUCCUUGUAGUAUAAGCACAGGCCAUUUUUCACUUUGGUAUUAAUAAAAUGUAAAAAAAAAAAAAAAAAAAAA